UUAAAAACCAUAGAAUUGUAGAGUUGAAAAACACAACGGGGGUCAUCUAGUCCAACCCCCGCCAUGCAGGAAUCUUUUGCCCAACAUGGGGCUCAAACCCAGAACCCUGAGAUUAAUAAUCUACAGUAAUGAUUUACUGGUUUAUUACAAUUGCUGUUAUAUUUGUGGCCUCUCCUUCCUUGGAGGUUUUUUUAAGUAGAGGUUGGAUGGCCAUCUGUCAUGUGUGAUCUAGUUGAGAUUCCUGCAGUGCAGGGGGUUGAACUAGGUGACCCUGGGGCGUCCCUUCCAACUCUACAAUUCUACGAUCCUAUGAUUCAUUUAUAUUCUACAGUCCCCCAUACUGGGAGUCCAAGCGAUUUACACAAAUAAAAACAACGCGGGCAAAAGGCAGAAGGCUGAAAACGUAUUUUAAAUAGUACUUAAACUGUAAUAGAAUUAAAGCAAUAGAAAAACAGAUCUAUUAAAAGGCAGAUAGGAAAAGCAGUGCAGCACUAUUUAAAAUCCCGUUCCUUAAAAAAAAGAAAAAAAGCCAGGCCCCCAAAUCUGGUCGGAAUAAAACAGUCUCCACCUGCCAGCAAAAGGAGAGCAAGGAUGGAGCCAAUCUAGUUUCCCUAGGAAGGGACUUCCAAAGUCUGGGAGCAACCACUGAGAAGGCCCCGUAAAAAAAUUGCCUUACACGUAUACCAGUGCAUCUCAUUGUGCCGUCUAGCUUAUUAUUGACUGCAGAGAUUGGCAGCCGCACUCCUGAGUUGCAGGUAGGGACCAUUCUCAGCCAGACCUGGAGAAUCUGAUAGCAAGACUGAAGCUGGGACCUUCCCCACAAAAAAGCAGGUGCUCUCCCACCGUGGCCGCAUUCAAAGCACUUUUAUACCACUCUAACAAUUGUGGGGGAUCCUGGAGGCUGUAGUUUGUCGAGGAUCCUAAGAAUUGCAGCUCUGUUAGAGAUCAGCACCCUACGCAAACUACAGCUCCCAGGAUCCUUUGCAAGGCGGGGAAAGAAUACCGUGGCUGUUAAAGCGACACAGGAGUGCUUUAAAUGCACAGAGUGGGCGUGACCCGAGCUAUGUGGUUGUGUGAAUCGAGGCAGGCAGGCAGCGGCCCCAUCUCUUUUCCUCCACUGCUGCUGAACCUCAGAGGUAGGCAGGGGGGUGCCAUUUUUGCAACCUUCCCCUUUGCUUUACUGCCUCCCGGUGGCUCAUGGCUCCCCCUCGGAUCUGAGAGAUGCUUCCAUGUGUGGAAGCAUGUGCCUUGCACACAAGGAGGUUUCGCGCUACCCUCUCAUUCCCAGAUGCAGAUGAUAAAUGUGGGCAAGCAGAAGUGGCAGGGAGUUCCUGCUUUUUGCCCUUGAGCCGCAGCCUUGCGCACCCCCCCUCCUCUCUUUACCCCCUUCCUCAUGCUCCUGCCCUCCUCUGGCUGCCAUGCCUCUCUCAUUCCAGCAUUUUGCAAGGCUUUUUAAAGGAGAAAACGGCUAGCUUUGCCUGGUAUCCAACAUAAAAAGCACAGGCUGAAAUGUGCAGGGUCGCUUUAAUUGUUCAGUUCUCUCCCCCCCACCCCCACCCCCUUUCUUCCUAUAGACCAGCAGAGGCAGAAAAAUGUUGCGAUCCAGCAAAGUGCAGAGGCAGGCAGUAUCGUAUAGGGAAAGGAGGGAUAAUCUGCUGUGCCACGGAAUGCAAAUUUGCAAGGAGUUAGCUUCACGAAUCCUGGCACCUUUGGGCUUGGGAAGCUGUUUUCUAAAGACCUCUGUGGACAAAGCAUCAUCUCUCCCCCUCUGUAAAACUGCAUUUGAGGCUUGCCUUUCUGCAAUCUGACGGGUCCGUUCUCUUUUUCCCACCCAUCUGCCGCUCUCCAAUUGGAAUCGAGUUGGGGGGGGGGGGAGAAAGGAGGAGAAGAGAUGCCCAGGCUUGAUUGAUAUUAAUAUUGAAGCUGGGACCACGAGCUACUCCCUUGCCUGGCCACCUGGGUGCAAACUGUCACCAGAGAAACAAGUGUUGCUCUCUGGAGCCUUUAAGGGGAAGCAGAUCAGCAAAGGGGAGAGAGACCAGUUCCUGCCUUUUGGCUCUACAGCAUCUCCCUUUAAAGUUGCAGCCUAGAAAGUCCACCGGCAGCGAUGUCCAGGAACGGCUACUUCUUCGAAGAAACAGGCUACCUUAAGUGUGAUACGGACGAUGGCUGUGAGAACAAAGAAGAAGUCGGGGGUGAAGAACUUUUUGACACCGUAAAUUCCUCAAUCGUCUCCGGGGACAGCAUCAGGUUCUUUGUGAAUGUCAACUUGGAUGUACAGCAGAAUGUUACAGCAGAAAGCGAAGGUGCUGGGUGCGUUUUAUUACACACAUCAAGAAAAUACCUAAAGUUAAAGAAUUUCGAGGAAGAAGUCCGAGCUCACCGCGACCUCGACGGGUUCCUGGCCAGGGCCAGCAUCAUCCUGGACGAGACGGCAACCUCCCUGGACGACGUCCUGCGGGAGAUGCUGAAACAUUUUGCGGAGGACUCUGACAACGCGGAGCCCAGCUGCAACUUUGACAAAAUCAUGAGCACUUUAUUCACCGAUUCGGGGGCCCCCAGAGAAGGGAAUGUUCACCUCUUGUCAGAUACAAUUCAGGGCGUCACAGCGACAGUCACUGGGGUACAGUAUCAACAGUCCUGGCUUUGUAUCAUUUGCACUAUAAAAUCCCUUCAGCGUCGCCAUGUUUGCAUCAGCCGCCUCGAAAGGCCUCAGAACUGGGGGGAGAACUCCUGCGAAGUGCGAUUCGUCAUUCUGGUCCUUGCUCCUCCGAAAAUGAAAAGUACCAAAACUGCAACCGAAGUGGGCCGGACGUUUGCCACAAUGUUCUCAGAUAUAACCUUCCGGCAGAAGCUUCUAGAAACGAAAACAGAGGAAGAGUUCAAGGAGGCUUUGGUUCACCAACGUCAUCUGCUGACUGUCGUGAACCAGAGGCCAUCGGCAAUGGCCGACGGGCACAUAGCACACAACCACAAGCCCCUCAAGCUCCACGAGUUCUUCAAUGUUGGCAAGGGGAUUUUUGAUGACAUCGCACGAAGGUUUCCAGUGUAUGCUCUGGACUUUACUGACGGCAUCAUUGGCAACAACAAAGCCAUAGGGAAAUACAUCACCACCAUGAUCUUUCUGUACUUCGCCUGCCUCCUGCCUUCCAUCGCUUUUGGCUCCCUCAAUGACGAAAACACGGACGGGGUCAUUGAUGUGCAGAAAACCAUUGUUGGCCAGUGCAUUGGUGGUCUGCUUUAUGCGCUCUUCUCAGGCCAGCCGCUUGUGGUGCUGUUGACGACAGCUCCUUUAGCGCUCUACAUCAACGUGAUCAAAGGGAUCUGCACUGACUACAACUUGGAAUUCCGCGCUUUCUACGCCUGGGUGGGGCUCUGGAACAGUUUCUUCCUGAUGCUCUACUCCCUUUUCAAUUUCAGUCUUGUAAUGAAACUCUUUAAAAGGUCGACGGAAGAAAUCAUUGCACUUUUUAUCUCCAUCACAUUUGUCCUUGAUGCUCUCAAGGGCAUAACGAAAGUUUUUACAAAGUACUACCAUUUUCCAAGAGUGCACAGCACACCCAUUGAUAACACCACCUUCUUCUUGAACAUGUCAGCUGAGCGCUCGGCGCUGGGGAACCAGACGGACGCCCCCCCUGCCGCUACGCAGUAUGGGCGAGAGACGGCCGUUCUUAGUCUCAUGCUGAUGCUGGGAACCCUUUGGCUCGGUCACACGCUGUAUCAGUUUAAGAAAAGCCCUUAUUUGCACGCCAGAGUCCGCGAAAUCCUGUCCGACUGUGCCUUGCCCAUUUCUGUCCUAACCUUUUCCGCCGUGGGGUCUUACUUCUUCAAGGAAAUAACAAUGUCUAAGUUUAAUUACAACCCAUCGGAGAGCUUGUUCGUGUUGGCCCCCCUCCUAGAUCUCUCCAUUGGGUCCGUUAUGAGUGCGAUGGGCCUGGGGUUCCUGCUCUCCAUGCUUUUCUUCAUCGAGCAAAAUAUAGUGGCAUCACUCACAAACGCCCCGGAAAACAGGUUAGUGAAGGGAACAGCUUAUCACUGGGACCUCCUCCUUGUGGCUCUGAUCAACACAGGGCUCUCCAUCUUUGGGCUGCCGUGGAUCCACGCUGCGUUCCCCCACUCGCCGAUGCAUGUCCGAGCCCUGGCCUACGUGGAGGAGAGGGUGGAGAACGGGCACAUCUACGAGACGAUCGUGAGCGUGAAGGAGACCCGGCUGACCACUCUGGUAGCCAACUUCCUGGUGGGCCUCUCCCUGCUGCUCCUGCCUUUCCCGCUGCAGCUGAUCCCAAAGCCCGUCCUCUACGGCCUGUUCCUCUACAUCGCCCUGACCUCCAUCGACGGGAACCAGCUCUUUGAGAGGGUGGCCCUCCUGCUGAAAGAGCAGACGGCCUACCCUCCGACGCAUUACAUCCGCCGUGUGCCCCAGAGGAAGAUCCACUACUUCACGGGUCUGCAGGUCCUCCAGCUCCUCAUCCUUUGUGGUUUUGGAAUGUCUCCGCUGCCCUACAUGAAGAUGAUCUUCCCCCUCAUCAUGAUCGGAAUGGUCCCUAUCAGGUAUAACUUGCUUCCAAGGAUCAUUGAAGCGAAGUACUUAGAUGCAAUGGAUGCUGAGCACUAGGGGAAGAAGCAGCCUUGUUUCCCUUGCAUCGGCCAGCAGGCUUCUCUCUUUUUCAAACGGAAAGGAAGCCGGAGUCUGGCUGGGCGGCUCGUCGGAAGUUUGGUUUGGUCCCCGAACCUCUCAUGACUUGAUUUUUGUACUCGUGCACAAUUGACUACCCAAAGGCAUGUUGCUAGAGACCAACCAAGUGCCCAGAUUUCAGGG